CGCUUCACACUGAUCAGCAAAAGUGCUUUAAAUUGAUUUCAAUUAAGCUAACUGGCCAGAUGUCCAAUUCGUCCAAGUGCCGUGUGUGCACUUGCUCUCUCGAUGCAGCUGCGGUAUGCUAUGAUAUGCGCAAGUUGCCCAAGCUGGCGCACAAGUUCGUCACUUGCACGGAUUUGUCCGUGUCCGAUGAGACGCGGUUGCCCAGCGAGCUGUGCCGCGCCUGCCGUGACCAACUGGAACGUUUGUAUGCAUUUCGGGCUAAGUGCAUAGCAGCCGACACGAAAUGGCGCAUGGAAUUACUAGCAUUUUGCGCCGAUGAUGAGCAGCAAGCUGAGACUGUUGAGGCAACAAGUCCUGACCAGGAGCGUAGUCAGUCGAGAGUAGAAGCAGAGGAAAGUCAGGCUGAUAAACUGAUGGCAACAGCUGAAGCAGAAGCCGCGGCGGAGGAGACAAAAAUAGACGAAGCUCAACAACAAAAGUCAGUCGGAUCGGAACAGGCUUCCGAACAGAGCUCCUUGGUUAAGCCACCCAAGUCCAUAUACAAAUGCGACAUCUGCGAUACACAGUUCCUUGAGGAGCAUCGCCUGCAAGCACACAAACGCCAGCAUGGACUUAUGCCCUAUCCCUGCCCGGAGCCGGGCUGUGACCGAGGCUACAGCCACAAGAAUACGCUUAGCGUGCACAUGCGCAAGUGCCACAAGUUGGGCAAGGAGCACAAGUCGCACGUUUGCGAAUACUGUGGCAARACGUUCGACACACUGUGGCGCCUUAAGAAUCAUCGCUUCACCCACAAGGACAAGUCGGAGCUGCCGUACGUUUGCGAGGAUGCGGACUGUGGCCAACGCUUCUCCAGCAAGCAGCUGCUUAAGGUGCAUAUGAUGCGCCAUGCGGGCAUCAAGAACUACAGCUGCACCCACUGCGGCGUGCAGAAGACGACGCGCACUGAGCUCAAGAUUCAUCUCAACUAUCAUACGCUUGAGCGCACCUAUUGCUGUCGCAUCUGCUCGAAGGUKUGCAACAGCUCCAGCAAUCUCAACCUACACAUGCGCAGCGUGCACGAGCGUGAUCGUGCUCGCUCCUUUGCUUGUAGGUACUGCGGUCGCACCUUCACACAGCCUGUCCUACGCAAGCAACACGAGCUGAUCCACACCGGCGAGAAGCCACACGAGUGCCCAGAGUGUGGACGACAUUUCAGACAAAAGGGCGCUCUACGCACACAUCGGAGAAUACAUAAGCGGGAGAGCACCGAAUCCAGUGAGAAAGUAGCAACAUCUCCGAGUGAGACAGCUUCGGGAAACUGUAUUAAAAAUGUGUCAGAAAGUAUGGCACCUGAUUAUACUAAUUCUUUUGCAAACCUGAUAUAUCACGUCUUCGAGAGAGCGAACACUUCUGUUACUCUCACCAUCUUGCUCAUCUCUAUCGCCUUCACAGCUCCUAUGACGUCAGCAAUUCCGUCAACAAAGUGCCGCGUUUGCAUUUGUGCACUCGACGCAGCUGUGUGCAGCUAUGAUAUGCGACAGUUGCCCGACUUGGCGCACAAAUUCGCGACCUUGACAGAUUUAUCACUCUCCCAGUCGGAGUCUGAGCAACAGCAACAACUGCCAAGUGAGCUGUGCCAAGUUUGCUUUGAGCAGUUGGAGGAGUCGUAUGCAUUUCGUAGCAAAUGCAUAGCAGCCGAUGCACAAUGGCGCUUAGAAUUAUCUUCAAAUAUCCCUUCAGAGGAUAUAGAGAAGAAUCCGGGCACAACAGAAGCACUGCAUGAAUUGGCCAAUGAAGAGACUGAAAUAGAAUUACCCCAAGUAGAAUCUGCCGUUGAGAAUGCAAUAGUAGCUGUAGAAAUAAGUGGAGCACAGGAAUUGUCAUCUAAGGAUUUAGAUUCGUGCAACGUUUGUGGCAUGCGUUUCUCGACGCAGCAUCGCUUGAUCGCCCACCAGCGUCAACACAAAGGCCUGGCGCCUUAUCCCUGCACAGAGGAGGGCUGUGAUCGAGCAUUUAAACGUUAUCAUGGCCUGUCGGAGCACCUGAAGGAGCACUUGGUCACCAGCCGCUUCAGCUGUGAGCAGGAGGGCUGCGAUAAGGUCUAUCGGCAUAAGCCCACGUUAAUCAUGCACAUGCGCAGGUGCCACAAGCUGGGCCCGGAGCUGAAGUCCCAUGUAUGCGAGUUCUGUGGCAAGGUCUUCAAUUCCAGUUCGGUGCUCAACGAUCAUCGCUACACGCACAAAGACCAGUCCGAACUGCCGCACGCCUGCCAGGAGACGAACUGUUCGCGACGCUUCUCCAGCAAAGAGAAGCUGAAAGUGCAUCUGAUGCGCCAUGCGGGUAUCAAGAACUUCAGCUGCCCCUAUUGCGGCAUGCGGAAGACUACGAGAAACGAGCUGAAGAUCCAUAUGAACUAUCACACGCUGGAGCGCACCUGGCCCUGUCGCUUCUGCUCAAAGGUGUGCAACAGCUCCGGCAAUCUGAAGAUGCAUGUCCGUGCAGUGCAUGAGCGUGCGCGGGACUACGCCUGUAGCUACUGCGAGCGCCGGUUCGCCAAGGCAGACACCCGCAAAUACCACGAGAUGACGCACACCGGAGAGAAGCCCUUCGAGUGCGAGGAAUGCGGCAAGCGUUUCACACAGCCCGCAGCUCUACGCACCCAUCGCAAGAUCCAUGAGCGACAGCGCACGGACUCUAACACCAUAACGUAUACGCUCUUGCUGACAGCGCCAAGUGACACAAAUGCCGCUGGUGUGGAGCAGGCGAAUGAAUGCAGUUAAUACUAGAUCUCUUAUAUAUUAGAAGCGUUUAUCUAUAUAUAGAUGAGUGUGUGUCUAUCGAGUCACUUGAAGACGUCAAGUAAAGAUUGCGGACUUUGUUUAGACAGCCCAAUCAGUUGUUUGCUGCUAAAAAUACAAUCGAAUUUUGCUAAUCUCUAUAAAGGGUAUCAGCAAACGCAGCCUUUACUGUCGAUCUAUCUAUAGACAUCUUAAUCAAUGCCAAAUUCCAAAGUUCCUUAGUACAGUA